GCAUAUCUGCGUGUCCAGCCGCAGAACGAAAAAGUUCGCUUGUGUGUUAACAUUUCUGUGUGAAACUUUGCCUUCUGUAAUUAGCUUGUUAUCCCCAAUCAUAUCCACGAAAAAAAUUAUCAUUUUUAUUUCGCGAGCAAGGAGACUGUUAAUGAAACAUGGAUUUCAAAGAUUUAAAAGUGGAACGCGUCGAGGGUGAGUUGGCGGCCAAACUAUUAAAAAUGUAUCCGCCUCACAAACGCGGAUUUGUUAAAAUCGGUGAGAAAAAAUGGUUCAUGCCCUAUAAAUAUACCGAGACCGGCGAUAAAAUAUAUAACUUUGAGACUCGUCCAGAUGACACGUGGAUCAUUACACAUCCUAGAACAGGUACAACGGUGACGCAAGAACUUAUAUGGCUGGUGGCGAAUGACAUGAAUUUUGAUGAAGCACGUCGAAGACAUUUAUUAGAGAGAUUUCCUUUUGUAGAGAUAGGAGCAAUAUUAGACAGCCAUAUCGUAGUGAAAGAUAUUCCUGACAGAAUUAAUACGGAAAGAACUAGCAUUGAAUUUGUGCAAGAACAGCCAUCUCCGCGUUUCAUCAAGAGUCAUAUGCCUCUCGAACUGUUGCCAACAGUCCUAAAUAGCUCGUGCAAGAUCAUAUAUGUCGCAAGAAAUCCAAGAGACGUAAUGGUUUCGUGGUACAAUUUCCAAAAGAACAUAAUACAUUUCGAAUACCAGGGAACUUUCGAGCAGUUCUGCGAUCUUUUCAUGAAUAAUCACACGCAAUGGAGUCCGUACUGGGAACAUGUAAAAGGAGCUUGGGCGAUAAGACAAAAUAGAGCAAAUAUGUUGUUUCUCUUUUAUGAAGAUAUAAUAAAGGAUUUACCUGGAACCAUCAAAAAAGUUGCUGUAUUCUUCGGUAAAAGUUAUAAUGAUGAGAUGAUCGCCAAAUUGAUAGAGCACUUAAAAAUAGAGAACUUUCGUAAAAAUCCUAUGGUAAAUGAAGCGAGUCCCGGCCUUGCGAUACAACCGGAAGCGUUUAUUCGCCAGGGAGCAACGGGUGGUUGGAAAAAGAUGUUCACACCAGAAAUCGAGGAAAAAUUCAGCAAAUGGAUCGCUGACAAUUUGAAGGAUUCGGAUUUGGUUUUUCCAACCAGUAGUUGAGAUUUGUAGAUUCUUUGUCUAAUUACAUUUUUUAAAAUGACGAUACAUGGCUGGCGAUAUAGAUAAGCAUUUAUCUAAAAUUUACAUAUAUAAAUUCAAAAAGUAAAAACAAACGUGAUUAGAUCAUCGAAAAUUGCUCGUAUUUUUUUACUGAACCGGUUUUCGAACAAUGUUGUGAUCAAUUCAUGAACAAUCAUAAUAAAUUUCGCAAAAACCCAA